AUGGUCACAAAGGCAACCGCGCCGAUCUACACAGCAAGAUGCAGCAACGGCGUCGACUUGAGUGAUGUUGAACAGCAGGAGCACCCCGCCUCUCGCGCAACACGUCUUGUCGACGAUACGACGCGUUUUCUGCUUGUUUCGAUAGGCAAGAGCGUAGAAGACCGCGUGCUUCGCAAUACUCUGCCACGCUGGGUGCGCGAAGGUGUCGAAAUAAAUGGCGUGCGCUACCGCUUUCUUGGGUUCACGGAGUCCCAGGUGAAGGCCGGAAAGCUUAUGUUCUUCCGCGAAGGUCAUGGGUGGACCGUCGAACGCCUGCUAGCCAGCUUCGGAGACCUCAGCGCCGUGUACCUCAAGUCCGGAUACGGCAAGUAUUCCGCACGUCUCGGGCUGUCUUUUUCGUCCACGGUGGAGUCACUUGAUGUGCCACGGGAGGCAGCACACGAGAUGCCCGAUCUGAAAGCGCCUGACGGUUCCCUUUAUACCGACGGAUGCGGUAUGAUUCGGGAUAGCUUUGCCAAGAAGCUGUGCACGAAGCAUAACUUUCCUCCAGACACCUCAGUGUUCCAGGUGCGCCGUGGAGGCAUUAAAGGCCUUCUCGUCCGCUAUCCCGAUGAGAAGUUCGAGCGGCUAGGUGGGACGUCUUCUUCGUCACAUCUCAUAGCCUAUCGCCCCUCGAUGUACAAGUAUGAGGACGGGCCGACCAUGCUGGAGAUAAACAACCACAACCUCCCGCCGGCGCCUGCACACCUCAAUGUCCAGUUCACAGUCCUUCUGCUGAGCUUGGGUGUGCCUGUUGACGUCUUCAAGAGGUUGUUGCAGGAUCAGGUAGACAUCAUAGGUAGCAUCGUGACUGAUCGGGAGAAGGCGCUGCAUUACAUCAAAGGGGAGUUAGAUGCAGGCGUUGAAGACGGACUGAACCAAAGUCUCUACGCCAUGCUACUGGCACAGCACGACCUCUCGGAGCCCUACGUGAGGCAGCGGCUUCUUAAGUAUCAGGAGGUUCAAUAUGAAAGCCUGAGACGCAAGAUGAAUCUCCGCAUCAUGGAUUCAUGUUAUGUCUUCGGCGUCGUGGAUGAAGAUAGCGUGCUGGCACCAGGCGAGGUCUAUGUCAAUCUCCCAGCGCGGAGCGGAAUACUAGUGCGCGAUGUGGUAGUCGCUCGGAACCCAUCUUACCAUCCAGGAGACAUACGGAAGCUCCGCGCUGUGGAUCGUCCACAGUUGAGGCAUCAUCGAAACUGCAUUGUCUUUCCACGCAAAGGGCCCCGCUCCGUUCCGGACACUAUCUCUUCAGGCGAUCUCGACGGCGACAUGUAUUUCGUUGCGUGGGAGCCGACCUUGAUCCCUUCGACGGAGAUGAAACCCGUCAACCGGGCUUUGUCAAUGUCUGCCGCUGGUCACACCGCCACCUCGGCUUCCGGCCGUCAACUUCCAGAUAUGCCCCGGGCAGCAGUAGAGACUUUCCUGCAGCUGCGGUAUAGUCGGCUGCUCGGCCGCAUGGCCAACGAAUGGACCAAGGCGGUGGAUAAGACGGUAGAUCUAGCCAAUGCCGAGUUCCCCCGGCGGCUGGUACCACUGAUCGAAGCUGCGCUGGAUAUCAUGAAGACGGGCGACGACUAUUGGAGGCUACAAGACGACUUCAAGCAAUUAUGCUCGCGCUAUUCGAACAUGCACCUGGACGGCUCUGCAAGCCCGUUACAGGUCCUCCGAGCGAUGGUACCUGAAGUGAACGAGUCCGCACCAAGGACGCUGGAUUGUGACCCGGCGCUCGUUCUGGGGCACGAGGAACCUCGUGUAUGGCAGGGGUACCUCGACGAGGCCAAGAGGGUCUUGCCACGAUUCAACAGAGAACUUUCCGGAGCUAUCAAGUUAGAUGCCGAGUGCGAUAGCGGUAGGUCCUUCCCCGACUUCGCGAGCAACGACCCAAACGACCGAGAGCCCCGGCAGGCGGAUCGAGUCAAGCGGGAUUACCAACGUCUCUAUUUUGGAGGCGGUUCGUUCGCGGAGCUCAGCCAUCAGCGUAUCAGGGCGUCUGCGUGGUACUACUAUGGCUAUAGUCUAAACAAGAAGGCCUUUGCGUGGCUUGGAGAAAGGUUUCUUAAUGAGAUCAAAGCCUGUGAGUUGCGAAGGAUCGACACACGCUCCUCUGCGCACAACAUCGCUCACCUCGAGAAUAGUGGCGUCCAACAGUUACAGGCCUGUCAUGUACGUGGGCAACGUGGGUGCGAGAAAGGGGCGAACUUCGACGACUUCGCCGUUCGCACGCGAAGACUCUCAGGCGACUCUUGUCGGAUCACCGAGUCCUUCCCCGCAGCCUACAUUGCCAACAGUGCCUCACGACACAGACAUAGAAGACGACUCGGCCGACGAUGUACCUAUUCAUAA